AUGCCAAGUGGUUCCAUAAAGAAUGGUGCGUGGUCUUUACGUGGGCGAGAAUCGAAUGUUAAACCAUAUCAAGUUAUCAACCGUGCCACUGAGAAACAAAGUCUUCGGAGUUUGGUGCGUCUUCUGGAAACAACAUUGUUGACUGACUCAACAAACAAGUCAACUUCAACUCUCUCCAAUUUUUGUUUCUCUUAUUACAAUGCAAAAGAGUGUUCAGCUUCUUCUUUGGGUCCAGGCGGCCUAGACCUCGCUCAAGCCUUCUUCAAGCCCAUCCAAAACAAUGCUCCACCUUCCCCCACCAAGCGCCACACCAAGAUCUCCGUCAUCGGAGUCGGAAACGUUGGCAUGGCAAUCGCCCAAACCAUCCUCACUCAGGACUUAGCGGACGAACUCGCCCUCGUCGACGCCAAGCCUGACAAGCUUCGUGGUGAAAUGCUCGAUCUCCAACACGCCGCGGCGUUCCUCCCACGUACUAAGAUCAACGCUUCCGUUGAUUACUCCGUGACCGUUGGAUCUGAUCUGUGUAUCGUCACUGCUGGCGCCCGUCAGAACCCCGGCGAAUCUAGGUUGAAUCUGCUGCAGAGGAACGUUGCUUUGUUUUCGAACAUUAUUCCUCCGCUAGCAAAGUACUCGCCAGAUUCGAUUCUAUUGAUCGUUUCGAAUCCGGUGGAUGUACUAACUUACGUGUCUUGGAAAUUGUCGGGAUUUCCAUCGAAUCGGGUCAUCGGAUCGGGUACGAACUUGGAUUCGUCGAGGUUUCGGUUCUUGAUCGCGGAUCAUUUGGACGUCAACGCUCAGGAUGUGCAGGCCUACAUUAUUGGCGAGCAUGGAGACAGCUCGGUGGCACUCUGGUCUAGCAUUAGUAUUGGUGGAGUGCCGGUGUUAAGCUUCCUAAAGAAUCAGCAGAUUGCCUACGAAAAGCAGACGCUUGAGGACAUUCACAAAGCAGUUAUUGACAGUGCAUAUGAGGUGAUUAGUCUCAAAGGGUAUACUUCUUGGGCAAUUGGCUACUCGGUGGCUAACUUGGCUAGAAGCCUGCUUAGAGACCAGAGAAAAAUCCACCCAGUUUCGGUCCUUGCAAAGGGGUUUUACGGCAUUGAUGGUGGUGAUGUUUUCUUGAGCUUGCCGGCGCAGCUCGGUAGGGGUGGAGUCAUGGGCGUGACCAAUAUCCAUUUGACGGAUGAAGAGGCGGAAAGGCUUAGGAAAUCGGCUGAGACUAUUCUUGAAGUUCAAAGCCAGUUGGGACUGUGAGGCUCAAAUAUAGUGGACGUUACCGUUGUCAUUGCAGCUUUGAGAAGGCCUUUUUAACUUAAAAGACUUCUAGUGAUCCAGUCACGAUUAACUAUAUGUAAGGUUAUUUUAUUUUAAGUUUGGAUAAAAAAAGUCUACCUGUAAUUGUUGUUUGUGAAUUUCACCAAAAGGAUGUUAUGCCAUUUCGCAGAUUUGGCAUGGCUAGUUUCCA